AUGAUCACCGCAGCUGCUCUGUGUGCUCUUGGCCUGACCGGCGUUGUGCGCGCGUGGCCAAUGCCCGACCGUGCACCGACUCAAUACGUCGAUCCACCUCCCGGUCCGGAGGGCGGCCUCGGUCUCAAUGAGAUCCCCCAAUACGUAUACUACAGCGACUUUGACUUCCAGUCGCUGAACCUGGCGCUGAACCAGGAGUGGAUUGAGCUCGACCUCUUCCACUACGGCCUCGCAAAGUUCACCGACGACGAGUUCGACGAGGCCGGCAUCGACGCCGAGCAGCGGUACCUUCUGCAGUUCAUGGCCGAGCAGGAAGUCGGCCACGCGACGCUCAUCCAGACGCUCUUGCAAGGCAACGGCGCGAAGCAGUGCAACUACACCUACCCCUUCAACACUGUGCGCGAGUUCAUUGACUUCUCGCAGAAGCUCACCCGUUGGGGCGAAUCCGGCGUCUACGGCUUCCUCGAGCACCUCGACUCGCGCGCCGCCGCCGAGAUGCUGCUGCAGUCCAUCACCACCGAGGCCCGGCAGCAGAUGAUCUUCCGCCAGAUGGAAGGCCUCUUCCCCAUGCCCAUCCACUUCACCACCGGGCUCCCGCAGUCCAUGGCCUGGACGCUCCUCUCGCCCUACCUUACCUCCUGCCCCGAGGAGAACCCGCGCAUCACCUUCCAGCUCUUCCCGUACCUUUACAUCGACAACAAUCCGAACGCGUCUGUCCUCACCAACGGCACCGAGGGCAACAACACCUACCCGGCGAUCACGCGCAACCGCACGCAGCCGCUGAGCGCGCCAGGCAGGCAGGUGUUCCUGCACUGGGACGCGCCCGGGCAGAAUGUGAGCUACGACAACAGCUACGUGACGGAGACGACGGCGGGCGAGCCGAAGUUUGCGGCGUGGAUUUCGCAGCUGAAUGUGACGUACACGGAGCUGGUGGAUGUGAACUUGACGGCGAGGACGGCGUCGACGUACCAGCCGGGCGGCUCGCUUUACAAUGACACGAAUCCGUUUGGCCAGGAUCCGUUUGGCGUCGUGAACGGCACGCAGUUCAUCGUCCUUACCGAUAUUGACCUCUUCGUCACGCCCUUCAACACCUCGCAGAUGAACCCGCACGUCGUCGCUGGCCCGGCUAUGUAUCAGUCUGGCUGA